UCUCUCAAAAAACCCUAAUCCUUUACUCUCAUAUAUUUUACCUUUGAGCAGCAAAGACACCUUCACUUCUCUCUCUGAAGAUAGCAGUCGCCACCAUCAAGCCGACCAACAAAGAGAGAUGGGCGGGGAAGAAGUUCAGGUAGCGGUGCCAGAGUCUGUGUUGAAAAAGCAAAAAAGGAACGAGGAAUGGGCAUUGGCUAAGAAGGAAGAGAAGCUAGCUUUGAAGAAGAAGAAUGCCGAAAAUCGCAAGUUGAUUUACAAUAGGGCUAAGCAGUAUGCCAAGGAGUAUGAUGAUGAGCAAAAGGAGCUUAUUAGGCUGAAGCGUGAAGCAAGACUCAAGGGAGGGUUCUAUGUCAACCCAGAAGCUAAGCUAUUGUUUAUCAUUAGGAUCCGUGGUAUCAAUGCCAUGCACCCAAAGACAAGAUCGAUCUUGCAGCUUCUGCGUUUGAGACAGAUAUUUAAUGGUGUAUUCCUGAAAGUUAACAAAGCAACUGUGAAUAUGCUUCACAGGGUUGAGCCUUAUGUGACAUUUGGGUAUCCUAAUUUAAAGAGUGUCAAAGAAUUGAUUUACAAGAGGGGCUUUGGAAAACUAAACCAACAGAGAAUUCCUUUGACUGACAAUUCAAUUGUUGAGCAGGGCUUGGGCAAGCAUGGAAUCAUCUGCACAGAAGAUCUCAUCCAUGAAAUUAUUACUGUUGGACCCCAUUUCAAGGAGGCAAACAACUUCCUGUGGCCUUUCCAGCUGAAGGCACCACUUGGAGGCUUGAAGAAAAAGAGAAAUCAUUAUGUUGAAGGAGGUGAUGCUGGAAACCGUGAGGAUUUUAUCAAUGAGCUAAUCAGGAGGAUGAAUUAGGUUUUUAUUACCUUGUUUUGAUUCUCUUUUCAUAUUUUUGUUGAUCAAAGUUAUCAGAAAUUGCCGUCGUGCUUUGUUUACGUUCAAUGUUAGUACUUCUCCAGCAGACACAGGAUGGUGGUCAUUUGGUCUUUGAGUUAUGUUUAAUCUCUCCCUUUUGCCAUAGAAGUUUUGCUAGCUUGUUACUUCAUUACUGCUUUAUUAAGCAUCUGUAUGAACUGUUCUAGAGACAAUCCCAGAGGCAAUAGUUCGCUUAUUGGUCUUUGCUUUCAU